AUGUGGGUGGUCGUCCUCGCGGCUCUGCUGGCGGACUGUGCCGGGGGCUGCCCUGCCCUGUGCGCCUGCAGCGGCACCACCGUGGACUGCCACGGGCUGGCCAUCAAAACCAUGCCCAGGAAUAUACCCCGCAACACCGAGCGGCUGGAGUUGAACGGGAACAAUCUCACACGUAUCACCAAGAGUGACUUUGCCGGACUCAAGUACCUCCGCGUUCUACAGCUGAUGGAAAACCAGAUCGGGGUGAUCGAGCGCGGGGCUUUCGAUGACAUGAAGGAGCUGGAGAGACUGCGUCUGAACCGUAAUCAACUGCAGCAGCUUCCUGAGUUGCUCUUCCAGAGGAACCCUGCCCUGUCCCGCCUAGACCUGAGUGAGAACUUGAUCCAGUCCAUCCCCAGGAAGGCUUUCCGAGGAGCCACAGACAUCAAGAACCUACAGCUGGACAAGAACCACAUCAGCUGCAUCGAGGACGGAGCCUUCAGGGCCCUCAGGGGCCUGGAAGUGUUGACGCUGAACAACAACAACAUCAGCAGCAUCCCCGUCUCCAGCUUCAACCACAUGCCCAAGCUGCGCACCUUCCGCCUCCACUCCAACAACCUGAACUGUGACUGCCAGCUGUCCUGGCUUGCUCAGUGGCUGAGGCAGAGGCCCACCAUCGGCCUGUUCACCCAGUGCGCCGCCCCUGCAGCCCUCAGAGGACUCAACGUGGCGGAGAUACAGAAGCAUGAAUUCACCUGCUCAGGUCACCAGGAGAACUCUGGCCUGCAGCCGUGCAGCAUUGGAGGAGGCUCUUGCCCUGCCAUGUGCACCUGCAGCAACAACAUCGUGGACUGCAGAGGGAAAGGACUCACCGCCAUCCCGGCCAACCUACCGGACAGCAUGGCUGAGAUACGUCUGGAGCAGAACGGGAUUAAGUCAGUUCCGCCCGGUGCCUUCUCCCCCUACAAGAAGCUGCGCAGGAUCGACCUGAGCAACAACCAGAUCUCGGAAAUAGCUCCGGACGCCUUCCAGGGUCUGCGAUCCCUCAACUCCCUCGUGCUGUAUGGAAAUAAGAUCACAGACCUGCCCAAGGGGGUGUUCGACGGCCUCUAUGCCCUGCAACUGCUGUUACUGAACGCCAAUAAGAUCCACUGUGUGCGCGCCAACGCCUUCCAGGACCUGCAGAACCUCUCCCUGCUCUCGCUGUACGACAACAAGAUCCAAACCCUCGCCAAGGGCACCUUCACUUCACUCAGAGCAAUACAGACCCUCCACCUAGCCCAGAAUCCAUUUAUCUGUGACUGCAAUCUGAAGUGGUUGGCAGACUACCUGCGCUCCAACCCCAUAGAGACGAGUGGCGCGCGGUGCGCCAGCCCGCGCAGGCUGGCGAACAAACGCAUCGGCCAGAUCAAGAGCAAGAAGUUCCGCUGCUCUGGCACAGAGGACACCCGUCUGAAUAACGAGUGCAACAGCGACCCAGUGUGUCCUCCUAAGUGUCGUUGUGAGUCCAGCGUCGUGGACUGCUCCAACCUGAAGCUCACCAAGGUCCCUGAGCACAUCCCCGCGUCCACCACUGAGCUUCGCCUCAACAACAAUGAGAUCACCACGAUGGAGGCAACGGGGGUGUUUAAGAACCUCUCCCAGCUCAAGAAGAUUAACCUUAGCAACAACAAGAUCGCGGAGAUCGAGGAUGGGGCGUUUGAAGGGGCGGGAUCUGUCAUCGAGCUCCAUCUUACCGCCAACCAGAUCGACUCCGUUCGCAGUGGGAUGUUCCGUGGCCUUGAGGGGUUACGCAUGCUGAUGCUGAGGAACAACAAGAUCAGUUGUGUUCACAACAACAGCUUCACGGGGCUGCACAAUGUCCGUCUGCUGUCCCUCUAUGACAACCAGCUGACUACCAUCACCCCCGGAGCCUUCGACACCCUGCAGACCCUCUCCACGCUGAACCUGUUGGCCAACUCCUUCAACUGUGACUGCCGCCUGGCCUGGCUCGGCGAUUGGCUAAGAAGCAGGAAGAUUGUGACAGGCAACCCUCGCUGCCAACGGCCCGCCUUCCUGAAGGAGAUCCCCCUGCAGGAUGUGGCUCUCCCCGACUUCCGCUGUGAGGAGGGCCAGGAGGAGUCGAGCUGCGUGCCCCGGCCCCAGUGUCCCAGCGAAUGCACCUGUCUGGAGACUGUGGUGCGCUGCAGCAACAAGCACCUCCGCGCCCUGCCGAAGGGCAUCCCGAGAAACGUCACCGAGCUGUAUCUGGAUGGAAACCAGUUCAGUGUGGUGCCGAAGGAGCUGUCUACGUUCAAAUACUUGCAGCUUGUAGACCUGAGCAACAACAAGAUCAACUCCCUUACCAACUCGUCCUUCGCCAACAUGAGCCAGCUCACCACCCUGAUUCUGAGCUACAAUUCUCUGCGUUGCAUACCCAGCAUGGCCUUCAGCGGUCUGCGCUCCCUGCGGCUGCUGUCGCUCCACGGCAACGAGAUCUCCGAGCUUCCUGACGGCAUCUUCAAUGAUGUGGCCUCACUGUCACACCUGGCCAUCGGUGCCAACCCGCUGUACUGCGACUGUCGCCUGCGCUGGUUGUCUGACUGGGUGAAGACUGGCUAUAAGGAGCCGGGCAUCGCCCGCUGUGCCGGCCCACCGGGGAUGGAGGGCAAACUGCUCCUCACCACUCCUGCCAAAAAGUUCGAGUGCCUCGGUGAGGCGGAACCGGCAGUCCUGGCCAAGUGCAACCCCUGUCUGUCCAGCCCCUGUGCGAACCAAGGCCUCUGUCACAGUGACCUGGUGGAGAUCUACAGGUGCAGCUGUCCUCCUGGAUUCAGGGGCAAGAACUGUGAGGCGGCCCUGAAUGCCUGCGUGAGCAACCCAUGCACCAACGGGGGCACCUGCCAGCUGAAAGAGGGCGAAGAGGGCGCCUACGGAUGCUUGUGUCCGCUGGGCUUCGAGGGCCCCACUUGCCAAACAAACGUCGAUGACUGCGAAGACAACGACUGCGAAAACGGAGCCACGUGUGUGGACGGAGUCAACAACUACACCUGCCUCUGCCCCCGCUACUUCACGGGGGACAUGUGCGAGGAGAUGGAGGACGUGUGCGCCCCAGGACUCAGCCCCUGUCAGCACCAGUCCACCUGCCUCAUCACCCCCACCGGGCCCAAGUGUGUGUGCGCUCCUGGCUACGUUGGCGAUGACUGCGGUGUGGACUACGACGACUGCGAACAGCAUCGCUGCCAGAACGGAGCGCAGUGUGUGGACGAGCUCAACGGAUACUCCUGCGUCUGCCUGGACGGGUACAGUGGUCAGCUGUGUGAAGUGCACCCGUCUCCGGUCUCCCUGUGUGACCUGGCCGACUGUCAGAACGAUGCCCCCUGUGUGGAGAGGGGAGGUCGUGCUCUCUGCCAGUGUCUCCCGGGCUUCGGCGGGCCGCGCUGUGAGAAGCUGGUCAGCGUCAACUUCAUAGAUAGAGAUUCCUAUCUGCUACUGUCUGACCUCAAGAACUGGCCACAGGCUAACAUCACACUGCAGGUGUCAACGGCAGAGGACAACGGUAUCUUGCUGUAUAAUGGAGACAACGAUCACAUUGCUGUGGAGCUCUACCAAGGUCAUGUCAAGGUCAGCUACGACCCCGGCAGCCAGCCCAGCCACGCAAUUUACAGCACCGAGACCAUCAACGAUGGUCAGUUCCACACGGUGGAGCUGGUGACCUUUGACCAGAUGGUGAACCUGUCCAUCGACGGGGGUCUCCCCACCACCAUGGACAGCUUUGGGGCAGUGCGGCCCCUCAACGGGGAGGCGCCGCUAUACGUGGGGGGUAUGCCGGUGGAUGUGCACUCAGCAGCUUUUCGACUCUGGCAGAUCCAGAAUGGCUCCAGUUUCCACGGCUGUAUUCAGAACCUCUACAUCAACAAUGAGCUCCAGGACUUCACCAAGACUCAGAUGAAGCCUGGUGUGGUGCCGGGUUGCGAGCCUUGCAGGAAGAUCUACUGCCUACAUGGCAUCUGCCAGCCUGAUGGGGCCCAGGGACCAGUUUGUCACUGCCAGCCGGGCUGGAGUGGACCACAUUGUGACCAGCCAGUGACCAACCCCUGCCAGGGCAGCAAGUGUGUCCACGGAAAGUGCAUCCCGCUGGACAGUCAGUCGUACCGCUGCGAGUGCGUGGAGGGCUACCGUGGUGCCCUGUGCAACCAACAGGGGGAGCUGUUUAACCCUUGCCGUCGGCUAGCCUGCAAACACGGCCGCUGCCAGAUCUCGGACACAGGAGACGCCUACUGCCACUGCGAGAGUGGCUAUACUGGAGAGCUCUGCGACGCAGAGUCCGAAUGCCGAGGGGAGUCCGUGCGAGACUUCUACCAGGUGCAGCGGGGCUACGCUAUCUGCCAGACGACCCGCAUGGUCUCCUGGGUGGAAUGUUCCGGGGCCUGCGACACGGGCGCCUGCUGCGCCAGCCAGCGAAUGAAACGCCGGAAAUACACCUUUGAGUGCAGCGACGGAACCUCCUUCAGCGAGGAAGUGGAAAAGACCAUCAAGUGUGGCUGUGUGGGGUGUAUGUAG